AAAAUGCGGAGCUUCAGGCCAGGGUAGAAGAGCUGGGAAAAAAGUUAGAAGCCUUAGAGACAGGGGGGCGGAAGGGUGCAGAGCAGCUGAAGAGAAGCCAGAAGGAAAAUGCAGAGUUGAAGAAGGCGUUAAAGGAUAGAGAUGAAGAGUUUGCAGCAGAGAGGCGGCAGAGUGCAGAGGAGUUGGAGGAAGGCCAGGAGGAAAAUGCGGGGAAGGAUGCCAGGAUAGAAGAGCUGGAGGCAGGGGGACAGCAGAGUGCAGAGAAGUUGAGGAAAGCCCUGGAGGAAAAUGCAGAGCUGAGGGCCAGGGUAGAAGAGCUGGAAAAAGCCAUGCUGGCCGAGAGAAAGGAGAGAGCAGAGCUGGAGAAGCAGAGAGCAUAG